GCUUUAAGAAAUUAAUUUUACUGAGCAACAGCUGGCGGGAAGAAUUAAUCUGUAUUUGCCGUUGAAUUUUCAUUUAAAAACAAUGGAAGGCGCUGCAGAAAUGCCACAAUUGCCACUGCGCAUAGAAGACACAGCACUCCGCCACAGAAUACGCGAGUAUGCACGACAGCAGCGCAGGGAUUUGCGCACAAACACAAUGGAUGCACUGCGUUUUCACUUGGGCCAAAUCAAGGAUGAAAUUCGUGAAUUGGAGCAACUUGGAGCCAAAGAUGUGCGCGGCCUGGCAAAUCGCAUCAAGAGGCGCAAACAUGCAGAGGACCAGGACAUGUAUCGCCUGAGUCACGCCUUUCUCCAAUCCAAUGAAAAUAUCACUGUAUUUGCGGGAGUUCAAGGCGCCACUCAGGUGAUUGUCAAGGAGCUAACAGGUGCCCAGGUGCAGCGUCAAGUUGAAGCCGCCGAAUGCCUGUGCAAUCUUUCGCUGGGAGAAGCAUAUGUCUGUGAGAAGAUUACAAAUUUGGCGGGCAGCUAUUUGGUCACCUAUUUGAACAGUCAGGAGCCGCGCCUGAAGCGCAGCUGUCUCUGGACAUUCAACAUACUGGCCAGCUGCAGAAAGUCCGCCAAAAUGCUGCUUCAAAUGCAGCUGGCCACUAAGCUGUGGAAACUGUACACAGCACCGAUAACAGAUGUCCAGGAUUAUCAAGAGGAUGCGGGCAUCUGUCUGUAUCUAAUAGGAAUGCAUGCAGCAGCUGAAGUCACCGUCGAGGAUCGUCGCUAUAUAGCUGAGCAUCUGCAGGAGAAGCUGCCAACGGAUCCGGGUGCAGAUUACUAUAUGUACAUCGUAUUUCAGCUGGAUAUUGUUGGCUUGAAACAGGACUUUUGUGCUCCACACCAUCAGCAUUUGAUGCACUUUUUUAUGAACAAUGUGGAGUUGGAUUAUAAUACACCCAACGGCAAAUUGCGCAUUUUGUAUGGAGUUCAUGUGAUCUCCAACAUCCUGGCCACUCGUCCAUCCACUGAAUCAUUGCAAUUGGAUUCCCCAAACAUUGCUUAUGCACUUAAUAAACUCUUUUCCUUCAGGAAUCCCAGUUUGACAUUGGAGCUGCUGCAGUUGCUCAGUAAUUUGAUGAACCUGCAACUGGUUGAUAACGAACAGCUCCUUGAAAUGGUGCGCAUCUAUGAUUGCCCAAUUAGAGCUUAAAUCUAGGCGAACUUAAGUGAAGAUUGUUUAUAAAACAACUAAAAUAUUGCCAUCCUUCUGUGUGUCGCAUAUUAAAUACUCGCCAAUAUAGAUGUAGAAUGAUAUGGCUAUUUUUUGUUGCCUGAUUGAAACUUGAAUUUGAUGUAAAUAAAAAACAAAAAAUACACUCAA